CCGCCAUUGUUGGUAGCCCGCUCACGCGGCAGAGGCGGGAGAUUGUGAGGGGAGAGCGGAGCUGAGGAUUUCCCAUUGCCGACCCCUGGUGGACUGCUGGACUCUGAGGAAGAGGACGAUGUCCCAGGACACUGAGGCAGAGCAGGAGCUGAGCAUGGAGAGCAGGGAGGACAAAUGCCCGCGGCAGAACCUGGUGGCAGAGGCUGUUUUGAGCGGCUCCACGGCGCAGGAAGCCAACGGGGAGGAAAAGCCCCGGAGAUGCCGCAUGAGGAGGGGCUGCAAAUGCAGCUGGCGGGGAUCUGAGGGGGAAAGAGCCAGCCAGGGCCGGGAAGGCAGCCGGAGAUGGAGCCAGAGCUCGGAGCUGGUGCUCCAUGAGAAGCUCCGUGAUGGGGAGAAGCCCCACACGUGUGUGGAGUGUGGGAAGAGCUUCAGGUGGAAGUACAAGCUCAUCAACCACCAGUGGACCCACACUGGGGAGAGGCCCUACGAGUGUUCCAAGUGUGGGAAGGGGUUUAAGAUCAGGUCCCAUCUCUUACGGCACUAUCACAUUCACAGAGAGGAGAGGCCCUUCCAAUGCCCUGAGUGUGGGAAGGGAUUCAAGGACAGCUCUACCCUUGUCAAGCACCGCCGCAUCCACACUGGGGAGAGGCUCUACGAAUGUGAUAAAUGCAGCAAGAGGUUUCAGACCAGCUCCAAUCUCCUCCUGCACCAGCGCAAGCACACAGAGGAGAGGCCCUUUCGCUGCCCUGACUGUGGGAAGGGAUUCCAGCGCAACUGCACGCUCGUCAGGCACCGGCGCAUCCACACUGGGGAGAGGCCCUAUGAGUGUCCCCAGUGUGGGAAGAGCUUCUCCAGGAACUCUUCCUUGACCCGACACCAACGGAGGCGCCACUAAGGGAAGCCCUGUGAGUUGCCCCGAGUGUGGGAAGAGCUUUGUGUGCUGCUCCAGCUCCAUCCCCCACUGGAGGAGGCACUUUGGGAACAGCCCUGGUCACUCACAUUCGCUGUGAUCCAUGUUGGCAACACACCUGUCUGCUUCUACUUUUCGUUUCACCUUAAUUUUUUCUUCUUCUCAAUCUCUUUGCACUCCAACAGCCAAGAGGGAUGGAUCUCUCACUUCAAAACCACUCAAAUCCCAGUGAAAAUAGCUCAAUCCCAUCCCAGAAAUGCUCAAACCCACCUCAGAAAAACCCAAUCCCAUAGCAAAUUUACUCGAUUCCAUAGCCUCCAGAGUGAGAUGGGCUUGGGAGGAGACUGGGAGAUAUGGGAUCCCAAUUUGGAGUGGUGGGAAGAGGAUUGUGUGGGGCUGGGUGUGUGGGAUGUAUUUGAUAGCAAAUAAAACUCUCAGACGUA